ACUUCGGCUGGUUUUAUCUAUUUGAUAAUUUCUGGUACUGUCACAGGGUACAGACAGAUGAAAAUAUUCAGCAGCCCCAGCAAUUCCAGCACCAUCACUGGCUUCAUCCUCUUGGGCUUCCCCUGCCCCAGGGAGGGGCAAAUCCUCCUCUUUGUGCUCUUCUCCAUUGUCUACUUCCUUACCCUCAUGGGCAAUGCUUCCAUCAUCUGUGCUGUGUACUGUGAUCAGAAACUUCACAUCCCCAUGUACCUCCUGCUGGCCAACUUUUCCUUCCUGGAGAUCUGGUAUGUCACCUCCACAGUCCCCAACAUGUUGGCCAACUUCCUCUCUGACACCAAGGUCAUCUCUUUCUCUGGAUGCUUCCUGCAGUUCUAUUUCUUCUUCUCCUUGGGUUCUACAGAGUGCUUUUUCCUGGCAGUCAUGGCAUUUGAUCGAUACCUUGCUAUCUGCAGGCCUCUACAUUACCCUGCUCUCAUGACUGGGCGCCUCUGCAACAUCCUUGUGAUCAGUUGCUGGACACUUGGUUUCCUCUGGUUCCCUGUUCCCAUCAUCAUCAUCUCCCAGGUGUCCUUCUGUGGGUCUAGAAUUAUAGACCACUUCCUGUGUGACCCAGGUCCUCUGCUAGCACUGACUUGCAAAAAAUCUCCCCUAAUAGAGCUGGUCUUCUCUAUUUUAAGUCCUCUGCCUCUCAUUAUUCCUUUUGUCUUCAUCAUGGGAUCUUAUACUCUGGUCCUAGCAGCUGUAUUGAAGGUCCCUUCAGCCUCUGGAAAAAGAAAGGCUUUCUCAACCUGUGGGUCUCAUCUGGCAGUGGUUGCAUUAUUUUAUGGCUCAGUACUGGUCAUGUAUGGGAGCCCAACAUCUGAGCAUGAAGCUGGGAUGCAGAAAAUUGUGACUCUGUUUUACUCUGUCUUGACCCCACUCCUCAAUCCUGUGAUAUACAGUCUUAGGAACAAACAUAUGAAGAUAGCCCUGAAGGAAAUUCUGAGGAAAACUAAAAUUUGGUCAACAAAAAAGGCCUUGCGCAAUUAAAUUUAUAUUGAAUUUAUUUUGAGAUUUCCACUGGUUUUAUUUAAAUAACUGGCCAAAAUCAGAA